UUACCCGACGCCUUCCGUCGUAUAGUGAUAAGCCUAGCUGCUAGUCUACAUCUCCACACGAAAUCUGUUACAAUGAGUGGAGAGAAGAGCGACUCUGAGCAGCUGGUGUUUAACACUGACGAGCAGAUUGCGGAAAGUGUAACUGUGAGUGGUCCUGCUCAGCCUAAUGACAGAACCUACUACCAAAUUUUGGCUGGUGAUGAUCUACAAGUGACUUUUGACAACAAUGGAGACAACAACUACUGGAGUUUUCAUGCCGGUAGCUCAUUUCCCCAUGUUUCAGCUAGCUACAAUGUUUAG